GUGCAGCGGUCUGGGGCUCCGCAUGUUGAUAUUAUGAUAUUGCCGUCAUCGGAUCAAAUACAAAACACCAGCCUCGACCCUCGUUAUUUAACAUCCCAUUGCGACGAUCGUCCGCCUCUCGCUGUGGCGAGAAUCGCAGGAUUUCCUGAGAGGCAAUAUUGAGGCCUGGCUUCCUCGAAAUUUAGGGUUUUCUCGAUUCCCCUCUUCCCCUUGUAUCUUAGUCUUUCGAAGUCGACGGCUCGCCGAGAUCCGAGCUGAUUCCUGUUGACUGCUCCUUGAGUUCCUAUUUACUGCUCCACGAGAAACCGACCAUGGAGAAAGGAGUUGGAUCUGGCCUCUUCGUGAACGAUGGUUCUUUUAUGGAAAAGUUUAAGCAACUACAGCAAGAAAAGAAAGAGAAGGCGGCCGUUGAGGAGCCUAAAUCUAGUGCUCUGACUGGCUCUUCUGUUGUUGUGAAGCCAGCCGUUCUGGCAAACAAGAGGCCAUUGGCUAUGAAGGCGAAGUCUAAUCCUCCUGCAGCUGGUGGAAAGCUUGCCUUCAGCUUGAAACAGAAGGCCAAGAUUGCGGCGGCCCCUGUAAAGUUUGCUGCUGACGAAGAGGAGGAAGGAGAGGAUGUAGAGGCUGGGUCUAGCGACGAGCCAGCAAAGAAGCAGAAAUUGGGUCUAGAGGCCCCUGAGCCAUCAUCACAUCAGGGGGAUGUUGCACCAUCUACCCCAAGCGAUCCUGCAGUGAGGAAAGUUGCUGACAAAUUAGCAAGUUUUGUUGCAAAGAAUGGUAGGCAGUUUGAGCACAUCACACGCCAGAGGAAUCCUGGAGAUACGCCUUUCAGAUUUUUGUUUGAUUCAAGCUGUCCAGAUUAUAAAUACUAUGAGUUUCGGCUUCUUGAGGAAGAAAAAGCCCUUGCACAGUCGAAAGAGUCCCAUGCAUCACAAGCUGCUAAUGCAAGCAUUUCAACUUCUAGAACAUCAAGUGGUUCUCAAAGGACCAACUCUCAACAACAUUCUAAUUACCAAACUCCUGCUUCAGCAUUAUAUGGGACUUACGAGGAGCCUGCAUCUGCAGGAA